AUGCCACCAUCAUCAAAACAAUCAUCAUCAUCGCCAUCAGUAGGAAAGAAAAUCAAGUAUUUUCCUCGUGUUGAAAAGGCAGAGCAAUUAAUCACCAAAGGACAUAUGGCCCAAUUCGGUGCCCUCGUUGGAAUGAAAAUGAGAGAAGAAUUAAGAGAACAAAUCCGUGAGUACGAAUUCGAUGUAAUUCGAAGACUAAUGAAAAAGUCCAUUUUGCUGGUAGCCGUAGAUGAGGUUGGAAAAUCAACAACUUCUAAUGGCAUUUGGAACGUCGAUGGCAAUACUAUGAGAAUGUCAUUUAGAUCAGAAUUGUCAUACAAGUUGAUGGGUGUGUCAAGUAAUGACCAAGAGGAUGAAGAUUAUCACGAUGAAGAGGAAGAAGAAUCUGAAGUAAUAAUAGUGAGUGAUGAUGAAGAUUUUGAAAAUUAUGUUGAUGAAGAAGAAAUUGAAGAGGAGGAUGAAUAA